AUGGGCACUAAUGUUAAAUCUACUUAUCAUGAAUUAAUGAACGAAGCUGCUAGUCAUGGUUACGAUAUUGCUAGUCUUGAAUUUGCCCAAUAUCUGGACAGUCAAGAUGAAUUCAAGGAAUAUCGAGAGUUAUUUUAUGUUCCACGAAAGAAAACUUUGCCUCAAACUGAUUUAUCCCUAGUCGAUGGUGAGAGUGAGAGUGUCUAUCUUCUUGGUAAUUCUCUCGGCUUGCAGCCUAAGCAAUCUCGACAAGAUUUAAUGGAAUACAUGGACAAAUGGGCUGAAAUGUUAGUUUUUAUUUAUAAAUACAAUUUGCCAUGA